UUUCUCCGGAGGUCAACUUCACGUCAUGGAGAUGGGGACAGCCAUAUUAGGUGUACUUACUUGAAAUUGUCGAGUUUGAUGUCGACAUCAUCAUUAUCAAUUCGCUGUUGAAGCAUGGCAGACAGAAAGAAACGUUACAGAAACGACAAAUCAGACCACAAACAGGACAGAGAGACCAAACAGGAUGACGUUGAUGAAAGCUCACCUGUGAUUCAGAUGUUCCGAACAUUUCAAAAGAUUCUUGAUGAGAAACAUGACAAACAUGAGAGAAUUGUGAAACUCAGUCGAGACAUCACUAUUGAGAGCAAGCGUGCAAUUUUCUUGUUGCACAGAUUUAAGAAUGUGAAUGACAGUGAAGACAUCAUUCAACAAACAGAGACAAAGUUGCUGGACCUUGAAAGGUCAAAGUUCAAGGAUGUUGCCAUGGAACUACAGGGGACAGAUCCAUACCAGUUCCUGAGAGCAUAUUCGCCAGGUCUACAGGAGUACAUAGAGGCACUGUCUUUCUUUGUAUACCUAAAAGACAACACAAUCAUUCCAUUGAAAGAUGUUCAGGCCAGACUUACUUUCAAAACUGAUUGCCAGACUGUUAACAAAGACGAUUCGGAAGGGUCUACAGAUGAAACAAUUCAAACCAUUCAGGUUUUUGUCCCACCAAGCGAGUAUAUUCUUGGACUUGCGGACCUUACUGGGGAAAUGAUGAGACGGGCUAUAAAUAGCGUUGGUGAUGGGGACUUAAAUCGUCCCUUUGAGAUAUGCGCAGUGUUGCAAGAAGUUGAGUUGGCAUAUAGUAAGCUUACGCACAGCAAUAGGGAGGUGAAUAGAAAGCUUACUGUUCUGCGACAAAGCUUGAGGAAGGUCGAGAGUGCAUGCUACACGCUCAAAGUGCGUGGCUCGGAAAUUCCAAAGCACAUGCUUGUUGAUGUGAUUUCGAAGUCAAACGCCUAUGCUUCAGCAGAUUUUUUGGAUGAAUGUGUUGUUGAGGACGAUUAGAAUGCUGGUACAUGACCAAUGACUUUGAUGUCUAGUAAAUUAAAUAGUGACUUUUGCAUAUAUGGUGGUUCAUAAUCUGUUAAAAAUAAAAAUCAAAGCGAUGAAGGCACUAAAGUUAA